GUGGGGUUGCAGCAGUAUAUACUGGUGCUGGCACUGUGCAUCUCGACGAUUAUUUCGUAUGCAAUCAUUUUGCUAACAUCGUAUCGAAUACUCAAAACACUGCGGAAGAAUGUCGCAGCGCAAAGGACCAAAGCACUGCAAAAACAGCUCACCAUCGUUAUGCUCAUCCAGGUAUCGCUGGUGGACACAAUAUACUUUUUUCAGAUGGCUUAA